CCGCAAUGAAAAUCUAUAAAUAAAUAUACGAUUUCCAAUCGUUAUUACGUUUUUAGUUGAUGAAAAAUUAGCGUUCGGUAAAGUUUUAUGACGUUAUUUGCAGUUUUAUCCAAAAAUCGGUAAGUGUUUAAUACAUUAAAACAAAAUAAAGCCGUUUAAAACGAGUUGUUUAUAUUUUAAAAUCGUUUCUACACCCCCUGCGAGACCAAGUAAAUAUUGUAUAACGCCGAAUCGAGUUACGACGUACGUAUCGUUCCUUACAUGCUUCUAACGUACGUUCUUAUUCCCGACUUAACCGCAGACUUGUGUCUUAGAUGAUUGCCGUUAAGCAAUAUAAUUAUUUAAGUGAUACAUUUUGCAUUAAAAGUUUUUAUCGAUCUUUUGAGAGUUUUUUAAGAGUAUUCGAGGCGUAUUAGUGAAUUUUUUUAUCAAAAUUAAGCGAUAGAAAAGAUCAUCUGUAUACGAGUGAUGUUUAGGACCAUAAAUAUAGUCUUAUUAUUUUUUGAUUAAAUGUUACAUUAAGGAAAAAAAAGUUUUUGAAAAAAAAUAAUAGAAUCGAGUCAGUACCGAUACGAACGGAAAUGGUUACCACUCCUCCGCAACAGUUCUGUGUCCGAUGGAACAGUUACCAAUCGAAUCUACAAAAUGCUUUUCCGAAACUACUCACAUCAGAGCAUUUCGUGGAUGUAACGUUAGCCUGCGAAAAUGAGAUGCUUAAAUGUCACAAAGUGGUGCUGUCGGCGUGUUCGACGUAUUUCGAAAAAUUAUUGUUAAACAACCCCUGUCAGCAUCCCAUUAUUUUUAUGAAAGAUAUGAAAUUCUCCGAAAUGCAAUCUUUAGUAGAUUUCAUGUAUAAAGGAGAAGUGAACGUAACACAAGAUGACUUGCCAUCAUUGCUAAAAUCUGCAGAAGCUCUACAAAUAAGGGGUCUUUGCGGCUCGGAUCAACUCCUUAAUCCCACUUAUUUUAACAAUAUCACUAAAGCUACAACUUCACAAUAUCAAGCCUACCCAUCAACUCCAACAACUCCGAAACGAGGAUCCCCGGUUCCGAACGAUACCAAAAUCCAACCGAGUCAAGUACCCAUGAACAAAUCCUGUGAUUCUCCCGUGAAGAAAGAAACCAAUCAAAUAACAGAAGGUUCGGACAGCGGGAAUAAUCAUUCUUCUUCAGAAUGCGAUUCCAACGACGGAAUGUUGCAAAUAAAAGAGGACGCCGAAGAAGAAGGAGACGAGUCGUAUUUCGAGGGUGACAGUGAACUUUUGGAUCAGGAAUUAACCGAAGAGGACGGAACGAUCAAUACGGACAUAAAGCCUCAAUUUUCGGCUAUAGCCAACGUAUCUUGUCAAUAUGAUUCCACUCAAGGUUCAGCAAAUAGACGGAUUCGAAGAUCGGACGAAGAAUUACGAAGGGCGGCAGAAUGUAUAACAAGAGGACAAACCUUCCAGACGGUCAGCGAUCAGUUCAACAUACCCAUAUCGACGAUCCGUUUCUAUAUGGCGAGGAAAGGAAUUUUGCCUAGACGUAAACGAGGUCGGGCGUGCGCCGGUCCGAUGGGUAUGGGCGUCGGUAUGAGCGGGAUUCCUCUGUCAACCUCGUAUACGUCACCCGCAAGUCCGAUCGGUCCUCCGUACCAUAUCGUUCACUACAAGUUACCGGCAUUGGGGGUGUCGAAAUUGAAAUAAGAAAAUAUUUGCAUGUAUGUUGAUCGAUAAUUGUUACCACGUUAUUUCGAAUCUUUCUCGAAACUCUAAAUUCUCGGUACUACGUUUCUUUCUUUUUUUUUCGAAUAUAUUAGUAUUUAUAGCUCACCCUGUAUACAAAUAUCAACUGAUUAUUUGAAAAUUGCAAACUAUCAUCGAGUUUUUGCUUGAUAACGAUAUGAUCCGUACUUUUUUAUACUCUAUACAUUUAAGGAACAUGAAUUACAAAUCAGGGUACUCGGUUAACAUUGAUCUUCAUAGACAUACAAAAUUCUGAAAUUUGUCUUUACGUUUUUCCGUUUUUUUUUUGUAACUUAUAGAAAAACUCUGAACAAAAAUAUUAUCAUUCGACACAAAGUACAAAAAUAUUGCGGCAGCUAUUGUAUAUGUGCAUUAUUUAUCUUUUAUUUUGUGUCUGUGUGUAUGUAUGUAUGUGUGUUUUUGAAGAGUGUAUUCUUUAAAAAUAAAAAAAAGACAGUCCCUAUUUCUUUAUACUAUCCUCGUUAAAAUAAUGUUCCAUACUUUUUAUGUACCCCGUAUAACUACUACUUCCAAUAUUUUACUCGACUGAAAUCGUUUAAAAAUUUUUAUACAUGGUGCGCCAUAACUAUUGUUUGUGACAUCUACAUAAAAAAUAAAUACAGUGUGUUGUAAAAUGUAGGUUAAUAUCGUGGCCGCAUUAUUUAUUUGUAUCUUUUUAAUGUUUUUCUUUAAUUUUAUUUCUCUAUUUUUACCGAGAUAGUGAUCGAAAAAUAUGUACUUAAAUAACAAUCAAUAUUUGAAAUAACGUGGCGAAAGUAACGAUUUUUGUUUUUUUUAAUUUUAAAUUUUUACAUUUUUCGUCUUUCAUUCAUUCAGCCCUCGAACAACUUCUUGCAGUUUAUCUAAACUAUUAUAUCUUACGUGAACAAUUAAUGGUGAUUUUGAGGAUGAGUUUUUCUUGUGCUGAAUGCGUGGAAUUUGCAUUAUUUUUGAUAACUCAGUAUUGCCAUCAUAAUUUAUUAUUUUUGAUCUCUUUUUUUAAUUUAUUAUUUUUUUUUCUCACUUUAUACAUCGCAUAUUAGAACGUAAGUAUAUUUAUUUGCGCCAAAUAUUAUUUUUUUAAAUUUAAUUUAUAAGCAUGAAAUAAAAAAAAGUCUUCUUGAAAAAUAAUUUAGAAAUAUGUAAUGAUUAUUAAAAAUUAGGAUGAUAAAAAAAUAAUGUAGUAUGUGAAUUAGGGAAUAAUAUCUGAUACCGGAUGGUUGAUGAGCAGAAUCACACGUGAAAAAUUGAAGGAAAAAAAAGUAUUUGUACAAAUUUUGUCUGAUAUUAUACUAAAAACAAAAAUCUCAACAUAUACUAGUCUACUUAAUUUUUUUAAGAGUAUUUUUUGCAUUUUACAUUAUUUAGUCGUAGGAUAUGCUGCCAUUCUUUUGUUUUUUUAAACGAGUUACUAAAAAAAAAUUUUUUGAUUGACUGAAUCAGAAAGCAGCGUUUAUUUUUUAUACGGUGUCGCAUCAAAUCAAUUGACGUUGAAUAGAAUUUUCAUUAUGCAGUAAUUAAUUUAUGACAUAUCAGUGUCUUUCGAAAGGGGGGACACUGUAUUCAUUUAACAAAAAAAUGAUACGUCUUCGAGAUAUAAUUUUAAUUAAUGAUACUCAGUAUGUACUUAGUAUUAAAUAAACGGACUGAGCGAGUGGCAGCAUUAAUAAUCGCGUAAAAGUGGUAAGAAAAUUGUUUAAAAAAAAUGAAAUUCAAUGAAAAGUUUAGAGUAUGCAUAAAUUUUGAUAUCGAAAAGUUUUUAAACCAUUUUUCUUGCCCCAUCCCGAGCAAUAUAUUUAUAUAUAUAUAUAUAUAUACCUGACAGACGCUUAAUUAUUUUCGUUCUUCCGUUUCCGUUUUUUUUUUCUUUUUAAUUGAAACGGUUAUACCAGUGAUAUAGAAAUUAUUUUUUAAACCUAAUUUUUCAUAGAAACCGCACUCACCUCAUAGAACAAAAAAAAAUAUUUGAUGUCAAAUUUUUUGUCUCCGCCUUCAUUUGAACAAAAUAAAAAAACAAAAACGUUUCCGUAUAUAAAUGGGACAAUAAUAUCGCGACGGUUAGGCUUGUUGUUUCUUAUCAUUAGACCGGGACAUCGCGUAUACAAAAAUUGUUUAAAAUUAUAUUUUCUUUUUUUUUGUGCGUGUGUUUUCAAUAUCGAGUCGAGUCAAAAAAUUUGUGAAUCGAAACCCUCAAAAUAUAACCACACAGGUGCCAGAAAUAUUUAUAAAAAUAAAUAACAAUCGGUAUUGUUGUGUAAUUAAUAGAUACAGAGAUUAUAGAGAAAUGAAAAAAAAGUCGCGAUAAUACCGGAAAUUUUUAUGGAUUUUCUCUAAUCUCCGCGUAUUCUAUAAGACUUUAGCUAAGGAAAUAAAUAGUAUAUAGAUUUUUGUCUGAUUUACUGUGUUAUUUUUACAACUUUUCUUUUUUACUCGAUUUUUACCAAGUUAUUUUUUUUAGUUGUUAGAAAUUUGUGUACUAUAAUAAUCUUAGUGUAGUUUAUCGAUUGUUUGUUUCGUUUCCGUUUUCUGAGUGUACGUUUGACGAUAUUUUAUUCCAGCUGCUCUCUUCUGUUCCUUUGACUUUUUCGCCCCAUUGUAAAUUGUAUUAUGUGUAAAAGUGCCAUUUACAAUAUAUUUUUCUAGUUAAAUAGAGCGCUUACGUCUUGUGACUUAGACACUAUAUAUUAAUUAUUAUACAGUAUUCAGUCGUAAAUAUACAAGUAUUAUAAUACAACUA